AUGUGGGAUAAAUCAUACAUGAGUUGUGUUAUUACCUCAUUAAGUUCGGUGUCACUUUUAUAUGUCUAUAGAAAUCGUCUAAUUAGAAUUCCUGUUUUAUCUUUUAUUGAUGAUAUCAGAAGUAAACGGAGGAGAUUGCGAAAUGAAUCCUGUGUAGAUGAUGUUGAUCGAGAACCUUUUGAAGAAACCAAAGAAGAUACCUCUCCAAAAAAACAAGAUAACGACCCUGGAAAUGAAGAAAGCGUUUCAUCAAAAAAAGCCAAACACUUGACAAAGAUUGACGACGACUUUAAAGAUGUGAGCACUCUGGACAAAGAGUUCGUAGAGGAACUUGCCAAAGAAACUGAGGAAGAAAAGAAAGUUGAAGAUCCCUGGCUAGAAUCAUUGAAAACCUCAGAGUUUGAUGACACACAGGUUGUCUAUGAAAGUCCAAAGAGAGUCGUAAAACCUUCUAAACGAUCUGAAACAGUGGACUUGAUCUACGAUUUACCAAAAGUUGAAGUAAUUAGACUACUGAUCUCAAUGUUGGAAGAUGAACAAACCCCUUCGGAUUACUUAAAAUCUAAAGAAUUUAAGGAAAAGAGUGAAAAGGAUCUGAAAAAAUCACCAUUUGAAGUUUCUGACCUAGCGCAUGUUCUUACCAUGACCUGGCAGAACGUGUAUUUCAUGACAAAGGAGGAAAUUAUCGAAUCGCUCAUUAACUACAAAAACAACGGCAAGGAACUUAAGAACUACGAGUUCAGGUGGGUAAAGGACGAGCUUGCCGUCCAUGGACCAUACCCACAUGAGGACAUUCUUAUGUGGAUAAUAUAUGGCUGCGUUUCUGAUGAGAAUCCAAUUCUGGUUCGUGAGCUUGAUGAACAUGGGAACCCCAAGACUGAGGAAUGGACAAAAUACAAGGACUCAGACGUUUACAACAUUUUCCCGGUUGAAAGUCAAACGAAGUCCCAAUCCUCUAAGAAACCUGAGAAAGAAGAAGAGGAAGGUGAAGAUGAUGACGAUGAAGAUGAUGAACCAGAAGACGAUGGUUUCUCAGGAAAGAGUAAGAAAAAGUUAAUUGGCGUGAGGGUCAAGGACAAGGAAGAGGAAUACCAGGAAUCUGAUGACGACGAUUAUGAAUAA